AUGAUCAAGAAGGCCCGUGAUCAGGAGAUUGAGAUGGAGCUUCGGACAAUGUGCAAGCCAGAGCAAGUGCAGACAGCAGUGAGCCAGGAUAAGAGGCCCAAGAACUUCGAUUCCUGUAACAGAGGCCAGCAGGGCCAAGGUCGUUAUGGCAAGCCGCACAAUGGGGCUUGUCGAGCGACGGGUUCAGGAUGUUUCAAAUGUGGUCAGCCAAGCCACAUGAGUAGGGACUGCCCCAGGGGUGCUCUAAUUUGCUUCCAUUGUAAUCAGACUGGCCAUACAAAGGUUGAUUUUCUGAGAUUGUCAGGAGGAACAGUGGUGGCGCCUACGCCAGCCACCUUGAGGAUUACUGAUAGCCGCCUGGAUAAGGCAGAGACACCUGUGGUGAAAAGCAGGGCAUUUCAGUUGACCACCGAUGAGGCCCGUACAACACCGAAUGUGGUUUUGGCCAAUGGUAUGAUUGCUCAUGUCCAGUUUGAUUCGGGUGUUUCCGGAUCCUUUGUAUCUCUUACGCUUAGCAAGAAGUUUUAUGAUGUUCCCGGGAUUCUAGAUUUUCCAGUGGAGGUUGAGAUUGUGAAUGACCGUACCGUGAGUACUUUGAGGGUUCAUCGUGGGUGUGUCUUGAAUCUAUUUAGUGAGAGAUACUCUAUUGAUUUAGUUUCGAUUCCUUUGAGAGGAUCAAAGGUUAUCUUUGAGAUGGAUUGGUUGGAUCCCAAUGGGGACAUGAUUGAAUGUGAGCGACAGAUAGUGAAAGUUUGA